UCUCCACCUAUACGUUCACGUAUAAAGUAUAUAUAAACCCUUAACCGCUGUCGCUUAUAUAUACACAUAAUACAUGUACGUGUAUGCAACAAAAGUGACGCGCGCACAGUUGCAGAAAAGCCGUAAAAACGACGGCCAAAUAAAUAAAUUGGUUAAUUUAUUAUUAUGGCCGCCGGGUAAGUGAGUUCUUCACGAGGGCAUGCCACCACAACCCAACCACAUCUCUCUAUCUUCCUUCACCUCAAUUUGAAUUUGAAUUCUUCUUUUUUUUUUAAGCUUUUUUGCUGGUUAUGGGAGUUUGAAGGGGAGGGGGUGGAAAUUGUGUAUGGAUCGGCCGCCGUCGACGGUGGGGCAGGCGGGUAUGGAUAUGCCUAUUAUGCACGACAGUGAUAGGUACGAAUUGGUUAGGGAUAUCGGCUCCGGCAACUUUGGGGUGGCGCGUCUGAUGAGGGAUCGCCACACGAAUGAACUUGUUGCUGUUAAGUACAUCGAGAGGGGUGAGAAGAUUGAUGAAAAUGUGCAGCGAGAAAUUAUUAACCACAGAUCUCUGAGGCAUCCAAAUAUUGUCAGGUUUAAAGAGGUUCUGUUAACCCCAACUCAUUUGGCUAUUGUGAUGGAAUAUGCUUCUGGUGGAGAGCUUUUCGAACGGAUAUGCAAUGCAGGGAGAUUCAGCGAGGAUGAGGCGCGGUUUUUCUUCCAGCAACUGAUAUCAGGAGUCAGCUACUGUCAUGCUAUGCAAAUAUGCCACCGUGAUUUGAAAUUGGAGAAUACGUUACUUGAUGGAAGCCCUGCUCCUCGGUUGAAAAUCUGUGAUUUCGGCUAUUCCAAGUCGUCGGUGCUUCAUUCACAACCAAAGUCAACUGUCGGCACCCCUGCAUAUAUUGCCCCUGAGGUGUUGCUUAAAAAGGAGUACGAUGGAAAGAUUGCAGAUGUCUGGUCGUGUGGGGUUACGUUAUAUGUCAUGCUAGUCGGUGCGUAUCCCUUUGAAGACCCCGAAGAACCGAAAAACUUCCGAAAAACAAUACAGCGAAUCUUGAACGUCCAAUACUCAAUCCCGGAUUACGUCCACAUAUCUCCAGAAUGCUGUCAUUUAAUUUCGAGGAUAUUUGUAGCGGACCCUGCAAAGAGAAUUACGAUUCCGGAAAUAAAGAACCACGAGUGGUUUCUAAAGAAUCUCCCAACGGAUCUAAUGAAUGAUGGAAUAUCGAACAAUCAGUUUGAAGAACCGGAGCAACCUAUGCAGAGUGAUCAAGAAAUUAUGCAGAUAAUUACGGAGGCUACUAUCCCGCCAGCUGGUGCGAACAGCCUGAACCAGUAUCUGACAGGUAGCCUCGAUAUUGACGAUGACAUGGACGAAGAUUUGGAGAGCGAUCCUGAUCUUGAUAUCGAUAGCAGUGGUGAGAUUAUCUAUGCAAUGUGAUUGUUUCUUCAGCAGAAAGUUAAGUAGAGUUGUUAUUUGUAAUUUGAUAUCUGAAUGAACUUUGUCAGUUCUUUCUUUUACUUGUUUCAGUAAUUUCAUGCAACUUUCUUAAUUGCUGUGGUAUUGGAAGUUAUUUGAAAGCAAA